CCGGUCCGCAUGCGCCAGGCUCGCUCUACUACCAGUAGCUGUAGUAAUCCCAUCCCAUCCAUCAUUGGCUCCCGAUUCACACUCGAUUCUUUCUUUUAUCCGCGCAAUUAUCUCCCUCCCUCUCAUGUGUUUGUUUUGUUGCCUUGCAACUUGGAUGCGUUCCCUUCCUGCGGCUGUGGGGUAGGAUUGCAGGAAGAAGAAGAGAAGAGAAGAGGCCGCCGCUGGCCGCUGCCACCAUCUUUAUCGGCUGGCUGGAUUCCUCAUCUGCUUUCCUUCCCUUACCUUUCCUUUCCCUCGGCCUUCUCUUCUCCGAGACCCACCUCCACCUCCCCCCAUCCUUCCUCCCUCCUCCCUCCUCUGGUCCCCGCGCCCGGGGAGCAGCCCUUUUAGUGCAAGAUUCAAUCUGCUCCUCCUGCUCGCCCUGCCGCUCCCUUCCUCCUUGCCCCGCCCACAGAUUCGCCCCCCUUCUCCUCCUCCCCUCGCGCCGCCCGGCGGUUCUUGAUCCGGUUCCGCUUGCCGUGCUGCCCGUGCUGCUCCGGGCCAAAGGCUGCUGCUUGGAGGCGGCGGCGGCGGCGGCCUCGAUCUGCGCCGGGGCUCAGAUUUGAUCGGCGUGGCGCGCUCCUGUGGAGCCCGGGGGUUCCGAUCGGCCGCGCUCCCGGUGUGCUGACCCAAUUCCCCGACUUUGAUGAGGCUCUCGCACUGUGAGAGCUACUGCGCCGCCCCCCUCUGCUACAUCCCCUGCCUCCCCAAAUCCAAAGAUGCACCACCACCAGCCGCCGCCGACGCCGACGCCGUCUCCGCCGCGCCCUGCCCGGUCUCCAUCGAGGACAAGCCGCCUCCCGUCCAGAAGUUUGAGCUUGUGGCGGCGCCGGCCGACAAGGACGACGAGGACCACAAGGAGGACUGCGAGAAGACGACGGCCGCGGCGCCGGCGCCUGCGCCACCACCCAAGAGCAACCUCAAGAAGGCCAACUGCGGCGACGACGUGGUAAUUGCCCCCAAAGGCAAUGUGAAGUGGCUUGAUUUGCUGGGGAAGGAUCUCACCGAGGUCAAGGAGUUCGAGCCAAGCGAAUCCGGAGACUCGAUGGACGAUGAGGGCAUCUCGACGUGCGUGUGCGUCAUCCAAUGAACCCAAGGAGGAAGGCUCAUGUACAUUUGUGUGAAAAUUAAGGGGGGCGCCCAGCAUUCGUUGCCUGUACCGGUUUCAUCAGUACAUGCCGCCAUAGCUGCUUAGUAGAUGUAGUAGAGGGGGGGUGGGGGUUUUCUGCUGUUUUUAUCAAUCAGUCUCAGAUCGGUCGAGUUCUUCGGUGUGGGGUGGAGCUUUGUCUGCGGGAGUCGAUACAGUACGCGUUUCGACGCUCCUGUCGGGUCGGCUGGUGUUGUAGUUCAGAGUUGAGACUUGAGGGUAUUGCUUCUUCUGUAAAGUUCCCAAUACAAAAGAUGAUAUUCAUCAGUCAGAAGACAUAGGGAUGA